AUGAAAGUGGCCGUUGUCCUCUCGGUACUGGCCAUCUCGGCACAGACCGACGCCCAGUGUAUCACCGAAAACGACCUUUACGUUCCCAACACUCCACCAAACCUCAACUCCGUCACGCCCUUCAGCACCAGGCUCUUCCAGGAAGUCCUCCCUUCGUCAGAAAACUUCUUCUUCUCUCCCUUCAGCGUCUGGAUGGCCCUUGUCUUGACCUACUUCGGUUCCAAGGGCAACACGGAAAAGCAACUGCAGACGGUUCUUGCAGUGAGCGACAAGACAGAGGCGCUCGGCACAUAUAGAUCUCUGACGUGUCUAUACAGCGCACCGAAGAACGAGGAGUACACCCUUAACACAGCCAACAGGAUAUACGUGAACGAAAGCUUACCCCUGAACGAAUGCUUGAGGGAAGCUCUAAAAGGGGACGUCGAGAAUAUCAAUUUUGCACAGGCCGACAUGGCCGCUGCAGCCAUCAACAAGUACGUCGACCUCGCCACGCACGGAAUGAUCCCACAGCUCGUAGAUCCGAGUGACGUCACAAAAUCGGAAAUGGCGUUCGUAAAUGCUGUUUACUUCAAGGGAUUUUGGGAGCACCAGUUUAUGGCUGAAAAUACCGAGAAGGGGAAGUUUUUCGUCACUCCAGACAGGCACGAAUUCGUGGAAAUGAUGGUGCAGGCUGAGCGAUUUCGUUAUGGCGAGUCAACGGCCCUCAACGCCAAGGUCCUGGAGAUGCACUAUCGAGGGAAAAGCGCCUCUAUGUACAUAUUUCUGCCGAAGGACAUGGAAACUGGGCAUGAGGUGGACGACCUGGUGAAGGGAAUCACCCCAGAGAUCCUCGAAGCUGCCAUGAAGGACGAGCUAAACACAGAACAUGUUGUCGUUCAAAUUCCCAAGUUCAAGUCGGAGUCCACGCUUCGGGACAGUUUGAAAAUGGCUCUGACCCGCAUGGGCGUUCACGACCUCUUUUCCCCGGAGGCUGACCUGACGGGCUUCUCCCCUGCUGGAGGUCUGAGGGUCACCAACGGCGUCCACAAGGCGGUCAUCGAAGUGAACGAAGAAGGCGCAGAAGCAGCGGCCGCCACAGCCCUAGUGUCUGGAAGGUCGUCGGGUUUAGAGGACGUCAAAUAUUUCAUUUGCGAUCGUCCGUUUUUCUACUUCAUUCGUGACAACUCGAGUGAAAACAUCCUCUUCAUGGGAGUUUAUAGAAAGCCCUAG